AUGGGUAACAGCGUGGGGAAAGAGGCGACGGUUCAGGAGAGCGUCGCGGGCGAUACCGGGCGGCCGCCGCGGAAAGAGCACGAGGCGACGCGCGGAUCCGCCGCCGCCGACGAGAGGAGGACGACCGAGGACUCCCCGACUCUCGUCAGCGGCCUGCGCCUCGUCGAGGGCAUCGUCGACACGUCGGGAUCCCCGUCGGAGCACGAUAUCCUCGUGGCGUGGAUCCGCGGCACGCUCGAGCGCGGCCGAGCGGGCGAACUCCCCGGCAACACCUACGCGCCCAUCCCGGAGAAGUGGCGCAAGCGCAACCAGAGCCGCGAGAUGCUCCAGUUCGGCACGUACACGCACAGCAACCGCGUGGAGACCCACGUCCCGGUCGCGCCCUUACCCCCCGAGCUCGACGCCGUCGUCGACGCGCUCAUCGCCCGCGGGGCGCUCACCGAGCUUCAACGACCGGACUCCUGCACCAUCAACCUGUACGGCCCGGGCCAGUGGAUCCCUCCGCACAUCGACAACCCCGCGUUCGACCGACCGUUCGUCACCGUCUCGCUGUGCUCCGAGCAGCCGAUGGUGCUGGGCCGGGGGAUGGUCUGGCCCGAAGGCGGUCGAGGGCCGUGUGGUGACGACGAACGGCUCAACGAGGAGCACGCGCUGUCGCUCCCGGUGGGAUCCGCCGUCGUCGUCGAGGGCGAAGCCGCCGACGAGUACGAACACGCCGUGCCGCCGGUGACGGCCGAGCGCAUAUCCCUCACGUUCAGGCGACGGGGGCGACCGGGGCGGGAGAUGGACGAGAGGACGGAGCGCGCGGAGCGGUGCAGACGGCGGUGCAGGGACGUGCGCGGGGCGAUCGUCGCGGCGGCGGAGGCGCGGGCGGGGGGCGUUCGUCGAGGGUUCGGACCGGUGGGUCCAAUCGGCGCCAUAGGCCGGGUGGGACCGCCACCGGCGAAACCGGCGGGUCGGCGCGAGGGAAGCGUGAUCAAGAAGCCGAUGGACGACGACGCGGAGGAUGUCGUCGGAGGCGGGGUGUUGAGCAAGAACGCGGCGAAGAAGGAGGCCAGGAAGGCGGCCAAGGCGGCGGCCAAGGAGCGAGCCCGGAAGGCCAAGCCGACGACGACGGCCGUCGACGGCACCGUGUUCGAGAGGAAGGAGAAGGUUCGCUCGUGUCCCGCCUGCCCGCCGGAUCUCCUCCCGCCGACGACGAGCGAUGCGAACGAAUCUCAGUGUGCAGACGCCAGCUGUGUCGCCCCCCCUAUGUAUGGGGAGGACGCCGGCGUGCCCGUCGCCGAGGCGCUUCCCUCGGUGGAGCGCGUUCACGUGCAGCGCGUGUACGACGCAGUGGCGACGCAGUGGCACGGCACCAGGUACAGGGCCUGGAGCGGGGUGGAGGACUUCGUUCGUCGCGUCGUCCAACCCGGGUCCCUCGUCGCCGACGUGGGGUGCGGCAACGGCAAGAACCUGCCGGAGGUUGAAUCCCUCGGCGGGUUCGGCGUGGGUUGCGAUUUUUCCGUCGGGUUGCUCGAGAUCUGCGCCGUCGAGCGCGGGCUCGAGGUUUUCGCCGGCGACGCCACGUGCCUGCCCCUGCGAUCGAGAUCGUUCGACGUCGCGCUCAACAUCGCGGUGCUUCACCACGUGUCCAGCGAACCCAGGCGGCGUAAGCUGGUCACCGAGACCAUGCGACUGUUGACCGUGGGCGGGACGGCGCUGUUCUACGCGUGGGCGCUGGAGCAGGCGGACGGCGGCGUGAGCGGGCACCACUUCGAGUCGCAGGACGUCCUCGUGCCCUUUCACAAGAAGGCUGGCGUGCAGGGUAAGGUGGUGGUCACCGGCGGGAGUGGUUCGGGGGAGAAGGAGGGAGAGGAGACGCGGGCGGGCGGAGCCGCGGGCGAGGACGACGACGGGGACCCGACCGCGCCGAGGGUGUAUCAGCGGUACUGCCACGUGUACAAGGAGGGCGAGCUGGAGACGUUGUUCGAGCACAUCAAGUCGUGGGUCAAAGUGAACCGCGUGUACUUCGACUGCGGCAACUGGUGCGUGGAGGCUGAGCGGAUAGCGUAG